ACCAUGAGCUACAAGAACAUUGCCCGACUGGUGCUGCAAAACAAUCGCCAGUUCUCCCGCACCGCAACGGCCUCGUCCGGUGAGGUGGCCGAAGGCUACAAGCAGCUGAAACACAUCCAGGAGAAGUUCCAGAAACCCGACGGUAAGCCCGUGUUCCUCAAGGGUGGUCCAAUGGAUAAUGUGCUGUUCUCCGUGACGAUGGUACUCAGCCUGGUUGGGCUGGCCGGUAUCGGCAAGCUGUUCUACGAGCUGAGCUACCCGAAGAAGGACGACUAGGAUGGACCAGCUG